AUGUACCUCCUCAACCUCCCAACCGCCCUCAUCCUCCUCAGAUUUCUCCUCUCCGCCACGGCCUCACCAGUCCCUUCGAAAACAACCUCCAACGGUCCUCAACGCCGCGACUCCACAUGGGGCAGGGAAGGAAGAUUCCCCGAGACAGAUCCCAACAUCAACUGGUGCAAACCAGCAAAAGCAACACCCACCCCGGUGCCAUCCUUCGAAUACGAGCCGGACGUCAUAAUCCCCAUCCCCAAGACGGAAACUGGGACUCCAGCCAAUGAUACUAUCGCGUACCCCGACGAGCCGUACCAGAAGAGAGACUCGGAUCCCAUCGUGCCUGCAGAGGAGCCUUGUGUGCCGUUGCCAAAAGAAGAGCCGCAUGAUCCCAACUUUCACCGUUCGGUCGAUGAGCCGGAGCCCGAGGAGCAGAUUUCACGACCAUUUUAUUGA